AUCAAACAUCAGCCCGAUACGCGGCACGCUCGCGCGCCCGCAUCUGUGAUUAACCCCGAUUUCGCGACCGCGUCCACGUUUCGUCCGUGCUGGCCAACGCCUUCGCCGACGCCGAAAAAGCUCUCUCUACACGGCCAUGUUUGCUAAGGCAAUAUUGUGCUGUUCCCACAUACGAAUGUCCGUGUCGCGUCUCGAUGGCGGGCCGACCCGUCCUCUCUGGAUCACCGCGACCGAGCGAUAUCGCGCGUCCUACAUGCCGCGGCCCGGUGGCCGCGUCGAUCGUGGCGCGAAUCUUGGCCGGAAAUGUGGUCGAGAAACAUACGUCGCAAAACGGUAUCUCGACGACCUUCGUCGCGUACGUUUCUGCUUUCACACGAAAUGAUGCUCAACACGCUCGCUCGCUCGCUCGCUCACUUUGCUCGUUCGUUCGCGAGAUAUGACCCCAAUAUCGCACGGGCGUCCCGCAUGUGCGAUCGCACGUGGACUCUUCCGUGAAAUGACGAUUCUAUCGCCGAAACGACAAUUCUUGGCGCCACGUUAACGAGUUAUGUCAAUGCUCGCGCCGAGUCCCGUUUCAUCGAUUCUAGAUUAAUACGUAGAACCUUAAUGAAUUGGAUGAUCAUACGAUAUGAACGAUAAAGGAUUCGUCAUGGAGCAGCUCAGCGAAGGACAAGCAGUGGUGGUAGGCGGUGCUGGAGGAACAGUACAAGUUGUACAAAUGGGUCAGGGUGGCCAAACUAUGAUGCUUCCACAGGCUCUACAAGUUGCAGCGCCUAAUGGACAGAUUCAAGUUCUUCCCGUUUCUAGUUUAACUAAUACUGGUCAACAGAUAGUUAUUCAACAGCCACAAACACCACAAAUCAUUCAAACUCCUGAUGGACAGACAUACAUCUAUCAACCUGUGCAAUUGGAAGGUCAAGUUCAACAAGCUCAGCCAACAGUGAUAAAUCUUAAUGGCAAUCUUAUGCAAAUUGCUGGUACAACAUCUCAAACUGCAACCACUGCAGCUGCUACAACUCCAGUACAACCUUUGGGUAGUCCUACUUCAACACAAGCAGGAAAUGUUGUUAUGAUGGUACCAGGUAACAGUGGGCAAACGCAAUUUCAAAGAGUGGCAUUACCUAAUGCAGAACUACUUGAAGAAGAACCAUUAUAUGUUAAUGCAAAACAGUACAGACGAAUACUGAAACGCCGCCAAGCACGUGCUAAACUAGAAGCUGAAGGAAAGAUACCUAAGGAAAGGCCGAAAUAUCUCCACGAAUCUCGUCAUCGACACGCGAUGAACAGAAUUCGUGGUGAAGGCGGCCGUUUCCAUUCCGGUCAAUCAAAAAAGCGGAAUAGAGAAAAUGCAAACUCCACGAUUACCCAGCACAUCACAACUUCAACCAGCACCGAUAGCGUUCGUACUGUAGCAAUAGCAGCCGCAAAUGUAGGUGUACAAUAUCACGACACAGAUGAUUUGACAACCACGAUUGUAAUUGAAAAACAAAAUAUUCCUCUGCAAGAUAUGAUCACUGGUGACGACAUUAUUACCUCAAACAAUCAUUUAAUAUAGAUAAUACCAUAAAUGGAACUGAAAUAAGUAUCAUAAUUUUGUGUCGGUGAUUAUAUUGGACAUUUGCAUUUUGUAAAUAUAUUCAUCCAAAUUCGAUAAAUACGAGCGGAAGAAUUAUCUAACUUUUCAAAACUGUGAAAGGUAUCAUGAAAUUGUGCGUUUACAAAGUGUCCCAGAUAUAUUGAUCUUUAAUUUCGGAUUUUUCCAUCUUUAAUUUUCAAAUAAUACGAUUAAUAAUAUUUGUAGUGAAUUAAAUUUUCAUAUUCAGAAAGAUGAUGAUUAAAACCAAAUUUGUAUUUUGGAAUUUGAUUUCUUUAGAAUUUAUUUUAAAUUUCGAAAAUGUAAUUUGUAAAAUUAAUUAGAAAAAUAUAUUAUAUAUUUAACGUUAGAGUGAAAAGUAUAAUGAAUCAUUAUUUUGUUUAAAAUUUCUUGUAUUAAAUAAAUCUAGUCUCCACAUUAGUCAAUGAAAUUAAUUGAAAACGGACUCUAGAAAGGAAUAUCGUUUGAGAUACACUUUGUAUACACAUAUACAUAAAUACUUAAAAUCACAAUAUUAAUAUUUUCACAGUAAUUUUAUUACAGUUAAAAAGUAUCUGAGAAUUUGAUUAGUAAGAUAUUACUACGUAACAAUAAAAUAAUAAAAGUAUAAAAAAUUUGGUUUUCAUAUUUGAAAAAAUAAUAAAUGAAAUUAUAUGUGGAAUAAUAAUUGCGGAUAAACAUAAAAAUUUUUCAACCAUUUAAACAUAUUUUGUCAAAUGUAAAAUCUGAACGUUGUGGAGUUUGGAGUUAUAGAUAUAAAGUGAGACUGAAAUCGUACAUUGUAUAUAUCAUGUGCUGGGUAUCUGUAGAUUAGAUUAUCACUAAUUUUUGUUAUUAAAGAAUACGAAAAGUAUAAAUCACGACACUGGAAUUUACAUUUUUUACUGCAAGUACAAUAUUAUUUAAUUAUUAAACUCACCCCUUUAUACAAAAUAGUUAUAUUUUUAAAAUAUAAAAUGUGAGAUGUUCUUUAAUUAAUAUCUAUACAGAAACAUUACUCUCGCAUGAUUUGAUAGAUAAGGAAUUUUCGAAUAAUAUGCACAAUUUAAAUCGAUAUGAUAAUUUUGAAUCUUAUUAUUUGUACAUUUUACGAAUUCAAAAAUUUUUUACUUUAAGCUUUAACUUUCUAGUACAAAAUAUAAGUUUUAUGUUAGGAACUGAUUUUAUUGUUUCGUUUUCUUUCUGCGGUUUUAUACAUUUGUCAAUCAUCCUUAAUUAAUACACAUCUAUUUAUCAAAAAUAAAUUUUUUAAAGAUGAAAAUAAUAAUUCGUGCAACGGAAAAUCAAAAUCUGAUUUUGUUCAAACAAUUAGAUAAAGUAAAUGUUUGCCGAUAAUUUCGACAUAUUUAUAAAAUAUUUAUAAUACUUAGUAUUUUAUAUGUAACAAUUUGCGAAUAUUUUGUAAAAAUAUCUAGCUCUAGGUUGUCGAAUGUAAAUAAUUUCACGAAAGUAAAACGUAAGCAAUGUAAGCACGUCUAUGUUGCUAUAUGUGUCUGGUGUGAAUGCGAACGGCUUGUACAGCUAUAAAUAAUUUAGCAAGUGUACUGAGAAUAUGAGAGCAAGAUUGUAAAUGAAAUUCCUAUGUAUGAACAGUAUGAAAAAUAUAAAUUCUCUUUUCUAGUAA